GCAAGCAUCAGCAGACCGCGGUACAAACAGGAGACAUGGGACUGCGCAGCCACGGCGGGGGAUCUCUUCACCAAAACUGGAACAAAAGCGAGAAUACCACUAGAAACACAUCACUAGACAUUGUUUCUUCAAUGUGCUUUAGUCAUUUCUACUUUUGAAGGACCGGAAGACAACUUAAAUGACCACAGAAGUUAUCCGGGCAUUUUUGAUACCUAGAGCGAAGUGCCACACCUUCGCUUAGCUCAACAGGUGCCGACACAGCUGGCCAAAUGGGGUGCCAGUGCUGCCGGAUGAUAAAAAGUUACAUCUAUGACCCGUCGGUGGGAGUGGAUGGCAGAAAGAGCGACCCUGCUGUCAGCUCCCUGUAUCAGUCACACCACCACUCAGGAGCGCCCCCCGGUGGAGACCCUCGCAGCGGACAUGGCAAGCACAAACAGGGAAUCCACAACCCCGGCUUCAGCAAGUACAAUGAUAGCACACUGAAACUGGAGGCGGACAAUAACCAUGUGAACUAUCGACUGCAUUCUGUGCCUUCCAAAGAGGUGCACAGGCAGGCCAGUGCCCCACCUGCACAGGGCGAUCUUUACAUCAUUCAACCAGAUGCCCCAGGACCAAGAUGGAUAAUGCAAGAGCAGCCCAGUCAAGUGCCAGUUUAUCCCGAGAUUCAGAGCUAUGGAAAUCAAAUAGACUACAAUGACAGAGAGGUGAGAACCGGCUGGUCCACUAGAGAGUGUAGAACAGAAAGCGUGUCUGCGGAUGAGAUUGACGAGGGGGUGGGAGGGACCCCAGAGUACCCCUGCGACACGGGGGAUGAGGGGAGUGUCCUGUCUGUGGAUAUCCACACCAGCACCACCAGCCUCUCCUCUGCGGACACCAAGGAUGACCACAAGGCACCAAAGACCCCUGAACUGUCUACAGUGGAGAGUGGCAUCCUGGUGAGCAAGAGCGAGGAUGAGGAAGAGGAAGGAGAGGAGCCAAAGAAUGAGGCAGAAGAGGUGGAGAGUGUGACGGACUCAAUGGUGGCAGAGGCUCUGGCUGCUCUGGAGGCUGCCACUGCUGGAGAGGAGUUUGAAUGAACACUAUUUCUACUUUAAUGUCUAUGAAGGAAUGUCAGAGUCACUCAGUCUCCAUGAACUCAACAUGCAAACACCCAGAUGACUAUAUGGAAAUAUGUAGUGCUUGUGUCUGGAUGACACGGGUCAGUGCAGGCUAUUCCUUACAGGUGCCUGGAAAAAUAACUUUGAAGGAAAUUAUUUAACUAUUGCUUGAAAUAAAUAGUCCAUCUCAGGCAACAUAGAGAUUUUAUUUGAUUUGAAUAAACAGUUCGUCUGGACUUUUUAAAUGGUUCUGAACAAGACAAGUAAAAAAUAAAAUGAAGGAACUCUGUUUACAAAAAGUGAAUAUAUAUUUUAAACCUCGGUUUAGUGGUCGUAUACAGGCAGUGUCUGCCUUUGAAGAAGGCAACAUUUCCAAAGCUGCUUGGUUCAUGUAAGCCCCGAGUACAGAGAGGUGAAGAGAGCGGGGUGUCUAGACUGUUAACAGUGCCUGCAGCCAUAUCAGCCUGUAGUCUGUUUGAAUGGAGUUUGACACUCCACAGCCCUAAUGCAACUGUGAGUGAUCACUCACAGCUCUGCCAUGCCUACUGCCUGCACACUCACUCUGGCACACUUCACCACUGGCCUAGUGAAGGUUCUGCUGAAAUCCAGUGCCGAACACAGACAAAGGUCACUGUGCAUUUUACAUGCUACCCAUGUUUGUGUCCCUGUCGUCCUGUUAUUUAUGAAACAUUAAUCUUGUAUUCACUUGGCCUUUUGGAAGGACUUAAACAUAUCUAAAACUAGGGCUGUACAAUACUCUUCCAUAAACCUUCAUCAAUGCACACAAAUAAACUCAUUAGUGAAUAUUUGGUAAAUUAUUAUUCUCUAUAAUAAAGGUUCAAUUCUAACAUUUUAUAGUGAUUCAAAUUUGACCCCAUCAACUAUAAAGCAAAGCAACUAUGAAGCAAUUUAGAGAUUGAUUUUUUUUAAUUGACUUUGAUUUGUUUUAUUUUUUUAAUCAUAUUAUAAUAAAUAUAUAUUUAUUCCAUACUGUGCAGCCAUAACUCAUACAAAGUGUGUGUAGCAUCUGUAAUUCUUUCUACUCUUGACUGUCUCUGUUAUCAUUGCAUGAAGUGAAACAUGUAUGUACACACUGCUCAUUCAUAAUGUCACAUUUCCCGACUGAUUUAGAAUAAUAUAUUACCAUGUAUAAUAAUGAUGUGAAUCAUUCAGCUUAUCACUCACAGGCUUGUGCCAGAACUAUGCAAUCUUUCAUUUCUUACCAAAGGACACAAUGAAAAGUGAGGAGCAGGCGUUUCUCUCCAAGUGCAGCUUUGACCUUGGCUCAUCUUCAGAUCUCACCGGAGCAGCUGAGGUGGAGGCUCUGGUAAAUGAAGCGCUAUGGGGCCGUCUCUCCUCCCACUCCUCUUUUACAGGUCAGGCUCCGUGUCCAGUGUCUGGCCUGUGACACUAGUGUGAUCCCAGAGACUGCCCUUUGGCCUAAUGAACUCAUGGAGCCUAGAAGGUUCAGAGGGAGGGUGUUCUAUAGAGUGCUAAAUAAGCUGUUAUGACUGGCUUUGCGGUCACUUAUUGCCUGCCAAAUCCUUUCUACAUUUAUUUGUAUUGUAAAAUAAAUGAUGUAUCUGG